AUGGCAGGGCAAUGUAGACUGACGAGGAGCUUGGAGCUCACCCAGUGCCCCCAGGGACCCUCUGGAACCCCUCCCUCUGUGGCACUGCUGGAGGCAGACAUCAAUACAGAAGGCCAAAUCCACCAGGGCUUCAAAGGUGGCAGGAAGGUCCUGGGUGACCAGCUCAUCUCUGAUGUCUGCGGAGAGGCCGUUCAGGAAGGUGUCGUCCUGUGCCUCCGAGUCCAGCCGCUGACAGUGGCUAGGGACGGCGGCUCCCCGCCCCCUCGGGAACGCACCUGUGACGGGUCAGGAAUCCCUCGCUCUCUCCUCAGUUCUGGGUUUUUCGGGCGGUCCAACAACGCGGAAGCAGCGAGGAUUUUUCUCCUCGGGAUUUCCAGGCUCUCCGGCUAUAAAACGCGAUGCGCGGCGAAGCUGGGGAGAUCGGAUCGGCGGAUGCAGCGAGGAGAGCGGCUCGGAAACCAGGGGGCGAUGUGGGCCGUGCAGCUUCUCAUGAUCGUAUCCAUGUGGGUGAGUCUCGGACAGACGGGCCGGCCGAGACGAGAGGGUCGCAAUCAGUGUUUCGCCGCUGAGGAGCUGGAUGUCCCGGGCAAAGUGUUGCAGAAACUGCUGCGCAGGGCCAACGCGGGACACUUGCUCUCUGUCAACCUAGUGGAACAGCUGGAGCGGCAGCAGGUGCGGCAGGGACAUUGCCCCAAGAUGGGGCACCAGUCAAUUCACAACCCCAAAAUCAGACACCGCUCCAUCUCCCCCUGGGAGUACAGAAUUGACUACGACGAGAACCGCUACCCCUCGAAGCUGGCCUUCGCUCGCUGCCUAUGUGACGGCUGCAUCGACGCCGAGAGCGGCGAGGAGACGCUGGCUCUGAACUCGGUGCCCCUCAAACAGAGCAUGUUGGUUCUGCAGAGGCAAGCGUGCGCGGGGCGAGACGAUCGCUACAGCUUGGAGCUGAAGUACAUUCAAGUGCCGGUGGGCUGCACCUGCGUCCUGCCCCGGAGCCACUAGCCCCGUCCGGCGGCUUACUCGGCCGGCUUCUUCAGGGGCCUGACAGCGCCGGCCGGCCGGCCGCAGUUUCUGCUCGACGGGUCCCGGGUCCACCGCGCAGAGCAACCACCUCCCAAGUCAGUCCCCGGCCGCUCGACCCACCGUGGCUGUGCUGUACACCAAGCCUUAUCCGGGAUGUUGGCUGGAUUGUGUGGGGCGAGUUUGUACAGGGGGAGUGGCGUGGCUGCGGUUGUUCUGCAUGACGGCACCGUCCUGUGCUGAAUACCUGUGUAUUGGCAUCCUGUAGUCAUUGUGUGACUGCGCGUUAUCUCACGUGUUUAUUACCGAGUUUUAUUCGCGUUAACUUACUCCACCUUCUCUCUGUAACCGGGCAAAACGUUUGUGUCCCAACGGACAAUUUAUAUUUAUGAUCAUAGUGUCGUCACACAGACCCUCGGCCCGUCGAGGCGCUGCUGUCGUCUCGUUUGAUUCGCGUCCUGUCCGCGGCCGCGGUCCGAGGACUUCCUGUGUCUGUCUGUGACUUUAUUCCCGUUGUUAUACUUUACAUUAAAGUAUUGAGCCGAGAUUAGUCUCGGGGCUUAAUCCGUGAGGGUGGCGGUAUUACUGACUGUGACCAAUAUCAGAUAUUGGGAUAUUCCAUCCAUGGCCCUGGAAUUCAGGGUGUUUCCAGACAGGGAUGUAGCCGGUGCUGCAGAAAUGUGGCCGUUCUGUCUCCCUGUGACACGUUCCCGGCGAGGAGGAGGUGGACCUUGCUUUAGAGCGGGGGAUCCCUACCCACCGCCACGACCCCUGGUGCCUCUCUCCCCUUAGCAGGGACAUGGAGAGGGGCAGGAGUAACAGGGUGAAUCGCGGCUUGGGGAUAUCCAAUGCCGAACAGGGAACAUCGCAGCCGUGGGGUCCAAUUCCAGACCAGCGAAUUACUUUGUGUGGGGGGAAUUCCUGCCUCCCUAACGUAUUUUUAUAUAUUUAACGAGAUAAUUAAGAUUUAUUUAUAUAAGUUAUAUAUUCAGAUUCUAUUUAUAGAUAUAUAAAGGUCGCCUAACAGGAUUUUAAUAAAAAUAUUGACAAAGUCCCGCAUAAUUGACUGCUCAGAAAGGUUGAAUUGCACGGAGUCCGGGGCGAGCUGACAAACUGUCCUGAAUUUCUCGGUGAUCGGAGGCAGAAAUUUGUGGUAGAAGGUUGUUCGAACUUCACUAAGCACUGGGUAGACCGCAGACGGGCACCACACCGCAAGGACGGUGUAGUUCCGUUCGGGAGGGUGCAGAAGACAUGCUGGAGGACGUUCAUAAUACGGAGCGAUUGGACAGGCUGGACUUGUUUACCCUGGAGUUAAGGAGGCUGAGUUGGGUGAGGGGUUGUGUUUAAGCGAAGAGGCACAGUUAGGGUAAACCGUCAGCAUCCUUUUCCCGUGGGGGGCGCAAAAAAAAACAGCUUUGAUGUGGGUUUGCCAGUGACACUUGUGAAAUUUGUUGUUUUGGGGCAAUUGUACAUUGCAAUAUAUAAUAAUAAAAGCUAUAAAUGACAAUAAGAAAAUAUAUUUAAAAUCCAUUAAGUAAGUCCUGCAAAAAGAGAGAAAGAUAGUGAGGUAAUGUCAAUGUGUUGUUCAUUGUCCACUCAGACUCUGGUGGUGGAAGGGAGAAGCUGUUCCUGAAACGUUAAAUGUGGGUCUUCAGGCUCCUGUACCUCUUGGCUGAUGGUAGGAAUGAGGAAUGGUCUGUCCUGGGACAUCUUUAAGGAUCCAUAGACAUCCUUAAUGAUGGAUGCCGUUUUGUUUUGAGCGAUCGCCUUUUGAAGGUGCCCUCGAUUCUGGGGAGGCUGGUGCCCAUGAUGGAGCUGACGGAGUUUACAACUUUCUGCAUGUUGUUUCCGAUCCUGUCCAUACCAGACAGUGAUGCAACCAGUUAGAACGCUCUCCACGGGUCACCUGCAAUUUAAGAUGAGAGCGCGGGGGUUUCGAUGGAUUUGGGUGACACGAGGGGGCGCUUGAUAUCGGGAACUCACUGCCAGGGAAGGCGUUGGACUCUGAUACAGUCACUGCCUUAAAGAAGCUUUUGGACAGCCAGGUAACCAGGCCUGGCAUUAGUGUACAUAAGCACAGCUAGCAUGGAUAUUUUGGGCCGAAGCCUCCCAUUUUGUACUGUACGACUGUGACUGUAAUGUAGAACAACGUGCGUGACUUUAGUUCGGUUACAGGCGAAUGUGAACGGAAUUCUUCCCGAGAGGACGAAAAGCAACUAACUGCAGAUACUGAAGUUCUGAAAUAAAGCAGGAAGUGCUGGAAAUUCUCAGCGGGUCAGGCCUCUGCAGAAAUAUUCAGCGGAAUAUUUCUUUCUCGUGCACUGACGCAAUAUGUUUGCUCAGAUUCUGAAUGUAAUUUGU